AUGGUCGGAAAAACAAAAAUCAAUUUGCAGACUCCACCGAAAUUAAUAGUUACAGACCAAUCAUUAGCAUUAAUGCAUGCUCUAAUUGUGAAGGAACCUGGAGCAGAUGUUCAAACAUGCAUGACUAGAAACAGUUUUAAUCAUGUCAUGCACUUAGUAAGUUCUUGGCCUGAACUCAAAAAUUAUGAAUCAAAUCCACCACGUUCGUUUUCAACAUCAUAUUAUACAAAGUUGGUUAAUGGAAAGUCUGAACAUCGAUCGUGGAUUACAUACUCACCUACAAUGAAUAGAAUUUAUUGCUGGACAUGCAAACUGUUUGGUUCUAUUAGAGCUCAAAAAAACUCUUUUGUCACUACAGGUUGCAAUUCAUGGGGACAUUUAGGAGGUUUAUAUGGUCGAAUUCAUUUACAUGAAACUUGUAAAGAUCACUUAGAAGCUGAAUUAAAUAAAAUAAUGUACAUAAAUAAUAAUCGUGUUGAUAUUCAGUUAGUGAAUUCUAAUAAUAAGCAUGUUGCAAUGAAUAGAGCAAUUGUGCAUGUAUUAAUGGAUAUAGUGUUAUGUUUAUCCAAACAUAAUGAUGCAUUCAGAGGCCAUACUGAGUGUUUAACUAAUGGUACAAGUGGAAAAUUUCUAGAUUGGGUUAACGUUUUUGCCAAACAUCAUACAAUUUUAGCUACACACUUGGAAAAUAUUAAAUCAUCAACAAAAAAACAAAGAUUGACAUUUCUAUCUAAAUCAUCACAAAAUUCUAUGCUCAACUGUAUUGCUGAAUCGAUCCGCGAAACAAUUUUAAAGGAAGUGAAACUGGCUGGAAUGUAUUCACUUAUACUGGACUCUACAACUGAUGUGUCAUCACUCGACCAAUUUGCUUUUGUAUUGAGGUAUUGUACAAACGAUGGGCUUAUAAAAGAGCGAUUAAUUUGUGUUGAUGAAACAGUAGAUUCAACUGGAAAUGGGAUGUAUGAGUUAUUUUGUAAAGUAUGUGACAAAUAUAACUUAAAUUCGAAGCAUGAUCUGAUUGGACAAGCUUAUGAUGGGGCAUCUAAUAUGCAAGGAGCUGUAAAAGGAUUACGCUCAUUAAUACAAAAUGAAAAUAAAAGUGCACUACAUGUAUGGUGUAGUGCACAUUGCUUAAAUUUAGCAGUUGUUGAUUGUUGUGAAGCAACUGUAUGUGCACAAGACUUUUUUGGUACAAUUAGUAGUUUGGUUAAAAAGUUUUUCUGCUACGAGAUGGACAUACCAUGA